AUGGACCCCUUACAAUACUAUCGUCAGAAACUAUGGAAUAUACCGUCCCCAGUCGGUAAUGACUUCGCGGAGUUCCUGACUCUGGACGACAUUCCUGUGCUACGCUCGCAGAGCCGCGCCGUGCGUCGCUUCACGCUGAUGUACAUCUGGUUCGGCAUCGGCGCCGUCGUCUACUACCUUUUCUCCCCUGUGAGUGACGAGGGCCUGCCCGUCAUACUGGCUGUGCCCUUUGACGCGAAGCAGCCGUUAGGCUUCGCCGUGACGUGGAUCUACGUUUCGAUAGUGACCAUGCACGUCGUGGUGAUGACCAUGGUUUUCGACUCCUUCAAUGUCAGCCUCAUCGCACAGCUGCGUAUACAGCUCACGUUGCUCAAUAGUAAACUUGUCAGUCUCGCGAAAGAAAUGUCCGAGAGACCGGUCCACUCUUCAAUAACGCCUGCCUAUCGUGAACUUCAUUAUCGCCUGCAGAAGUGUGUCCGUCACCAUCAAGCAAUUAUCAAGAAUGCAGACUUGCUAGAGAAGAGCCUAGGAGCCAUGUUGCUCGCGCAGAGCCUAGCCAUCGGUGCGUGUGCCUGCUUCCAGAUGUUCCAAGUUGCCACGAACAAAAACGGCCUGCAAGAGACAGGGAAAUUUGGCUGCCAUUUGACUGUAAUGCUUGCAGAGCUCUUUGAAUACUGCUGGUUUGGAGAUGACCUCAUUACAGAAAGCGAGAACGUGGCCCUGGCGGCGUACGACGCGGUGACGUCACUGCUGGAGUGUCCCUUGUCCAUCAAACGGUCGCUGCUACUCGUGAUGCAACGCGCGCAGCGGCCUCUGUGCAUCACCGCCGGUGGGUUCUUCCCACUCUCCAGGGAGUCCUUUGUCUCGGUUGUCAAUGUGUCUUACUCAUUCUUCGCAAUACUGCGAAAUUUCAAGAAUGAAGAGGAAUAG